CUGCAAUUAACAAAAGAUAAUUACAACCACCGGAUUAUCUGUGCUGUUGUUCUUUUUUUUCCCUCAGUGGCCUGAUGGUGACUGCGUGCCUGUCCCCGAAUUCAUGAAGCACAUUGAAUAAUAUUUUACGUUUUGAGAAAUUGUGCACCAUUCGGACGUAGUUAACGUUUACAUCAGAGAGUAAGGGUGCAGCUGCUGCGCAACCGGUUUGUUUUUGCCCCUCCGCGUCCCGUUUUUUUGUCGCAUUGGAAUUAAAGCGAAGGAGAGUUCGGGAUUUGAGAUGUGGUCCUGAAGUUAUGGAUGGUGGCCGCUUUCCUGUAGCUUUGCGGUGAAAAUGGGAUACAGGACUAAAAUGGUUAGCUCUAUCCACAACUCUGCCCGGGUGUGCCGGUGAUAUUGAGGGACGGGGCGAAGAACGCGGAGAGGUCGAGAUUGUAUCACCGCGUUGCGAGUGACGGCCAGCCCGACCGCUGCUCACACACUGGACGGCGGAUAGCCUGAGCAGCAGUGGGCCUGAAUAGACCGAGAGAAAGAGUGAGGGACACACAGACCAUUCAGCUCCCAACCCCGCAGGAUCAUGGGUAACCACGCAGGCAAGGACGGCAGUGGCUCUACAGGUUCUCCUUUAGAUUUCUUCCACACGCCUCCUACCACGCCCUCGGAAGCAGAGCUGACUGCCAUGGCCUUACCGUCCUCAGCAUCCACUAAUGAGGCACAGCAGAAAGACACGCCGUCACCCGAGACAGCCAGCACAGCACCUCAAGCCACCAGCGGGGCACAAAAACCGUCCGUCCCCUCAGAAUGGGCAGUUAUAAGCAUAGACGGCGUCACUUCCCCUGGGAGAAAUGCAAGCGAUGCUGCAGCGAGGCAUGGAAAGGCAGCUGUCAGCCUGGGUAGCUCAGUGUCGCUGCCUCCGUCCAGGGGCUCCCCUUCAGAGCAGAGCUGGCAGGAGAGGGACAGCGGGCUGGAGCCGCAGGCAGCAGUCGAGAGGGCUGGGCAGGAGAUGACCCUGGUUUUAUUCAGUCUGAUUGAACACUACAGGGCAUCGCUAGGCCUCAGCUCUGGCCAGGACGUUACCACAGGAGCAGUAGAGCUGCUCAGGCGCUUGGUAACAGAGAGAGAUGAGCUGGUAGAGGAGGUACGAAGCCUUAAAGAGACACUGAGGAUGGAGAGGGCAGAGUGGCAACAGUUCCAGUGUGACCUGCAGGUGGCGGUAUCUGUGGCUGACAGGUUGCGGGUGGAAGCCGAGCAGACUGUGUGUUCACUCCAAGAAAACUAUCGGGAGGUGGAGGACCAGCUGGCCCAGGCUAUCAGCAGCCAUCAGGAAAAGGACAGAGAAUUAGAGAGUCUCAGAGCUGAGCACCGAGACACCUGCUGCAAACUGUCUGAACUCACCCUGCAGGUGCAGCAGGAGAGAGCUGAGCUGGAAGCUCUUAAGAAUUCAUGCAGGGCAACAGACUCUGGUACAGAGAUGGAGAGAAAAGACUCUGAGGAUGACCAAACUCAAGAAAAAGGCAAACAGGAGGAAGAAACACAGGAAGAUGUGGAGGAAAAACCCAGAGAAACUAGAGAAGAGGCAGAAGCCAAAAGUGUUGUAAAGCAAAAGGAGAAUGAAGCAAAUGAAGGGGUGGAUGUUAAAGCUGUUAGGAAUGAGGAGGCCAAUGGAACAGAGAAGAUGAAUCUAACAGGGAAGGGGGUGGCAGAGGCAUACUUGCGCAGUUUGGCUGCCUUGGAGAAGAAGAAAGACGAGGGAUGUAGGCAGAAAGAUCCAAGGAAGAUUGUGAUGCUGUCUGAGCGAUCUUGGAGCCUUUCUCGACUCCCCAUCCCAAGUGACCCUGCCACUCAGAAUGAAACCCCAAAAAACACAAGCACAACAUUGCCUCUAUGCAAGAAGGAAGAACCAGCCAGAGGGAGAAGAAUGGACCGCAUUUUACAACGGCAGGACAGCUGGUCCAGCUUUUAUACAAAGAAACAGGAUGAGGACCAAAAGUCAGAUUCCAUCAGACCUCAGGAUGGUUUCAGUGCUCUGCUGCGGCGUCACGGCGGCUCCAGGAGAAACUCCCUGCUUCGCUGGUGCCAAACUCGUACCCAGGGUUAUGAGAAAAUUGAGAUCACCAACUUCAGCAGCAGCUGGGAAGACGGCUUGGCGUUCUGUGCUGUAUACCACACGUAUUUGCCAAACUCUAUCCCAUACAGCAGUCUCAACCCUACAGACAAGAAGGAAAACCUGGACCUUGCUUUUCAGACGGGGGAGAGUGUGGGAAUCACAGCCACACUGACGGUGGAGGAGAUGCUGAAAGCAGGUGGGCCGGACUGGCAGAGGGUACUGGGCUAUGUUGAAAGCAUGUUUCGUCACUUUGAGAUGUGAGGAUGCCCUGACGCUCUUCAGCUCUUCAGUGACAUCUUGACUGGAGCCAACCAGCUUGAAGGACUGAAACACUGAUGACCACAAGAGGGAGCACUGCUCAAAGUGAGCUCGCCAGCCAAGAAUAGAGAAACAUGGUUGUUAUCAGUAUUACAUACACCCUCUGGUAUUACUUUGUGUUUAAAAAUAUAAAUGAAGUUUUUACUGGCACUCAGAUGAAGGAGACUAAUCAGCAUUUCUCCAUGGGAAUACAUUUAUUUUACUGUUCGCAUGGUAAUGACACUGGAUCUACCAAACUCUUGGGUGAUAACACAGUGGCUACACAAAUAGAUUGUCAAGUUUACAAUCCAGAAACCUGACUACAGUCCAGAGGAUAUGCACCUAAUCAAAAAAUGAUUUUCCCUUGUCACUGGGUGCUGGGCACACUUGUUUUUGCACUGAUAGUUAGCCUUUUUUGUAAUUGUGAGCACCUUAUUACGGUGAACUUCUUGUUGUACUUUUGAGAACAUGAUUUUAAGUUUCCCAGACACUUCACUUCUACAAACCUUGGCCCUUCGUCUUCCAAAGCCACUUUCUGUGAAACUGUCCUGCCAUGACAGUCCUGUUAGCCUUACCUAGUGUCAUGUCGGCAUGCACCUAAAAUGAAGACCACAGACGACCCAGACAUGAACCUUAAUUUUAUAUGGUGGCAGAGUAGACCUGCACCAAGGCUAUAAAGAAAACUACUUAGGAUGCAGUGUGUAUAUAUGUAUAUGUGUGUGUGUGUGUUUAAGCGCUUAAGUAUUUUUAAAAGCACAGCAAACAUAUUAAGUCAUCAUUGCCAAAGCCUUAUAGCAAUAAUAAAGUUAAUAUGCAGAAACUGA